AUACCUGUAUCUAGCCUGUAUCUACUACGCAACUUCCGCUAACUCGCUGCUGAGCAAAAUGGACGCCUUUGUGUCUGUUUUCCUCGUAUUCAUACUAUAAAUACUGUUUUCCCCGCGAUGCACCACCUUUGACAUGGCGAUGUUUACACGGUACCGUGAAAAAUGUAAGUGAAAAUCGUGCUGUGCCGCAAAUCAAAGUGCAUUCCUCGGUGAUCGACGAGAAAACGCAUCCAACCAAAUAGGCCAGAACACGGAUGACAAUUGAGUGAAUAUCUUUCACGACGAAAACUUUUUCGAACAAACUCGCACGAACGGGGUCGCUAUUUUGGUAGACGUGUAAAUAUCGACGGUUUAUACGCGUCGAACGACACGGGGAUCUUGGAUAUCGAUACACCUCCCGCCAAAAUUCCAUUCACUGCUUGCAUUCUGCAGUAUAAAUAAUCGUUGUACAUAACUAGCGGAAUUGUGUUCAUUUGGGAGGUUUCCAGCCUGUAGCAUCCUCCUUAAAGCCAUGUUAUCAUAUGUAUAAUGUUGGAUGGUAUAUACUCGACAACUGGAGAUCAAAAAAUUAAUUCUAAAAAUGGACCGUUUAUUGGAGGAUCCACGUGCUUCAUCAAAAUUUGGUUGAUAAUUUCUAGUGCAUCAUGGGAACUUAAAAGAGACAUUGUUAAGUUCCCAAUAUAUGCCUUAGUGGUAGUGUUCUUUAACAAGCGUUAGAUACAAUUCUGUUCAUCAGUGAAAUAUAUCCUAUGUCGGAAUGCCUUGAAAAUACGAGUGUAGAGAUUUUAACAAUGAUUUCUUUAAGCAUUCGUGGUAACAGUGCAUUUAGAUAUGUUCUGUUGAUUUAUAUUUAUCAUAUACUGUGAAUAAGACUUUUUAUAAUAUGUCAGUGCAGUGUUUGUUACGUUGGAUAAUUCUAUGAACCUCAGAGUACAUGUAAGGAUACUGGACCUAAUUUUAAUAAUAUUUUUUGUCCAGGCUGUAAUGCCAGAACAAGUCAAAUUCAAGAUGAACGGGGUUAUACCGAGUGUGCCAAUCACAACUCUCGCUGGUAUUGCGAGUCUUACUGACUUGUUACCUGAAAUGCCCCUGCCAACACCGCUGCCUCAGACUUUAACUAACAAGUCCCUUUUAUUUCAUCCAAGAGUGGCAGAGGAAGCACAAAUAUUACUAAGUGUUCGAAAUGAAAACUUAGUGCCCCAAUUAAUACUAUCUUUAUCUCAAACCUCAUCUGAUCAUAUUGAAUUAAAAGAUAAUUAUGCAAAUACAGAACAGCCUAUGGAAACCGAGCAAAAUACUCCUGAAUUACUUAAGGCAAUUUUGCAAAUAAAUCCGCAUGUGUUUAAGGGGCCUCAAUAUAAUUCACCAAGAAAUUGGACCCAAGGCACACCUAUGAUGCACACCAAUCAAUCAUCCGCUAAUUAUGGACGAUUUUCACCAUCCUAUUCAAGUUCUUCAGGGUCAAGACAAACUCCUCAAGGUAGUCCAGCUCAUCCUGCUGCUGCUAGAACAGUACUACCACCGCCUACUGGUAUAAAUCCUCUACCCAAUAUGACCCCACAACCAAAUAUGUAUUCUCCGGCACAUAUGAGUUCACCUGGUACGCCGCUAACAACUCUUGGUAACGUAACACCUCAACACCAUAAUAUGGCUGGUAUGACACCUCAACAUAAUAUGCAUAUGGCAUCUCCUAUGCGUGCUAAUAUACCUUUACAACAACAUCAACCUGUUAAUAUUCAGCAAAAUAUGUAUGAUCCUAUGAUGAAUCAACAAGUGCAUCAUCCAUUAGGAAAUCAUCAACCAAUGGAGAUGGAAAGUACAGUACAAGAAAAUCAACAAUUUUUACUUGAUCCAGUAACAGGUCUUCCUGACAUCGAUAUACCGAUUGAAAAUAUCGAAGCGAAACAAAGUAUAGAUAAUGCGACGCAACAUCUUUUAUCUGCAACGCAAACCACAUCUUAUCCAAGUAUGGAUACCAGUCCUAUGAUCAAUCCGUUGAAUACUACGCCAACAACGAUGAUACAACAUCAGCAAAACAAUAAUUCAGAAAAAGGAAUGAAAAUGCCUGCUCCUUUGCCAGAGAAAUUAAAAGAACCGAUUGUCAUGUUAGAUAGAUUAUCUUUAGCAGAUCAAGCUUUAAUGCAGAAGAGUAUAGCCGCAUUUGCUGAAAAGUCUCCAAGUCGAGCUGCAAAAAUGGGGAUUUCUAAUCGCGAGGAUGUAAAGUCCGAGUCAGAAAGCGAGGAAGAAAUAGGUAAAAAUAACAAAUAUUUCAAAGCGCGUGCAAAAGAACGCCAAGUCCAAAGAGAAAAAGAAAAAGCUGAGAGGAAAAAAAGUGAAGAUAAAAGUCGCAGACGAAGAAGGGUAUUGGACGACGACGAGGAAGAUGAUAAAAAGGAACCUCUUACACCCUCGAAACCAAAAAUCAGAAAAAUUGAAAAGAAACUCGUUCCUGUUUUAGCUAAACUCAGUGUGGAAGAAUUAAUGGAAACCAAUACGUAUCAACGUUUUAACACAACUAUAGAAACGAUAUUCGAAAAUACAGAAGAUGUAGCAACCAAUGCUGAAUUAGAAGAUGAUGGUGAUGUGCCUCCAGAAUUGUUAAUUCCUAAAUAUCAAUUACAUGAUUUAUGUACAGAAGCAGCCAAGCUGAAGGCAUUAGGAGCAAUGGAAUCGAUUCCAGCAGAUAGAUUGGUUAGAUUAUUAAACAUUUUAGAGAAGAAUAUUCGGGACGGAGCUAAAGUAUCUCCGCUGGCGGAUCCGGAUGAUGACGUCGAUGAAAGUCGAUUAUGGACGCAAUUAGCUAUGGAAAGAGUACAGCGUGCAGUAGAUGCCUCUUUAAUUGCAUUACACAUUAUGACGUCCAGUAAUAUGCCAAAAAUGGUCUACUUGGAAGAUGUGAUCGACAGAAUAGUCCUUUUCAUGAAGUUUCAGUUACAAAAUACUAUUUAUCCUUCGUUUGAUCCAGUAUACAAAAUAGACACGAAAAACAAGACUGACAAUUAUAAUUCUAGUGGUCGUAAGAAAAGGGGUCAUAUGAAAGAAGUCCGAGAGAAAAGUAUCCUUCAGGUUUAUAAUAAAAUGCACGAAUUAGUUGGUCUUCUUGCUGAAUUAUUGAAUAUUCAAGUUCUAACAGACACUAGUGUUUUACAUGCCUCCACGUUAGGUGUCGCACCAUUUUUUGUUGAAUCUGUUAGCGAUCUUCAAUUGAGCGCUUUAAAACUGGUCACAGUAAUAUUCACUAAAUACGAGAAGCAUAGGAGAUUAUUGUUAGAUGAUAUUUUGGCAUCUAUAGCUCGACUUCCUAGUAGCAAAAGAAGCCUUAGGACUUACAGGUUAAAUUCUGAAGAUCAUAUACAAAUGUUAACAGCCUUGGUUUUGCAGCUAAUUCAAUGCGUUGUUGUAUUAUCGGACAAUAUAAUCCCUCAACAGAAGAAAUCACAAGAUGAAGAGGAGAAGAAAGAAGAGAAAAAGACCAGUUAUGUUGAUGCUGAUGUCUUAAUCAUAAAUAAAUACGAGACUGCUACGAGAAUAGCGGGAAAUUUUUUAACAGUGUUCCUGAACAAGUGCGGCAGCAAAGGUGAAGAAAUUGAUUACAGGCCACUGUUCGAGAAUUUCGUGCAAGAUUUAUUGGCCACAGUUAAUAAACCAGAAUGGCCAGCGGCUGAGUUGCUCCUCAGUUUACUUGGAAAUUUGUUAGUAGGUCAUUUUUCUAACAAAAGUUCUGAUAUGGCGCUCAGAGUGGCCUCUAUCGACUACCUAGGUGUCGUAGCAGCCAGAUUAAGGAAAGAUGCAGUUAGUUCUCAAUGCAAAUUGUCUACCAUCGAUCAAAUCAUCAAGGACAUCAAAAUCGAGCAGCAGAAAGAUUCUGAUUAUGAUCAGGUAAAGGAUAAAGAAAUAAUAGGUUUAAACGAAGACGAGGAGCGGACGGUUUUUUUACAGAAGGUGCUCCUCGAUUAUUUGGCCGUGAAUGGAACCAAGGACUCCGCCUUAGGCUAUGCUCGCCAUUUUUAUUUGGCACAAUGGUACAGAGAUUGUGCCGUAGAAAAAUCCAGGGUCGGUCAGACGAAGAACAGUCCAAGUAAGAAGAUGCACAAGAAAAAGAUAAAAAAGAAAAACAAACAUCACGCUAGCGAUCAGGAUUCGGAAUCAGAGCUGGACGAACAGGAUGCAGAUGAAAACGACAAUAACGAACAGAAGAACUCGGAAGCAUACAGAAUCAUAGAGGAGAAAAAGAAGUACAUUAUAAGUAGAAUAAGGCCGUACAGCACUGGCACGAAACCGGAUAUACUUCAGACUUAUAUUGAUUAUAAUUCGGCGGAACUAAUAUCGCAAUAUCUCGCCUCGAAAAGGCCGUUUUCGCAGAGUUUCGAUCGGUACCUGAAACAGAUCCUGCACGUGCUUACAGAGUCGUCUAUCGCGAUCAGGACGAAGGCUAUGAAAUGCCUAACGAUGAUCGUUGAAGCGGAUCCGAGUGUGUUGGCGCGGGUAGAUAUGCAAUUGGGCGUGAAACAUUCGUUUUUAGAUCAUGCGACGUCGGUUCGCGAGGCGGCUGUUGAUCUAGUAGGAAAAUUUGUACUAAGUAGGCCCGAAUUAAUAGAUAAAUACUAUGAUAUGCUGUCGGCUAGAAUUCUAGAUACUGGCGUUAGCGUACGUAAGCGCGUGAUCAAAAUUCUAAAGGAUAUCUGUAUGGAGUGUCCUGACUUUCCUAAAAUUCCUGAAAUCUGCGUAAAGAUGAUCAGGCGGGUGAAUGACGAAGAAGGUAUUAGAAAAUUGGUAAUGGAAGUAUUUCAGAAUAUGUGGUUCACACCUGUCAGGGAACGCCCCACAUUGGAUUCCGAAUCGUUACUGAGAAAAGUGAUGAACAUCACGGACGUUGUGGCAGCUAGUAAAGAUAUGGGUUUGGAAUGGUUCGAACAGCUGCUGGUUAGCUUGUUCAAGCCCAAAGAGGACAAAGACGAUAGUACAAAGAUGCAAACCGAGCCCCCAAAGGCAUUAUUAACGGCGUGUAAACAGAUUGUUGAUUGCUUGAUAGAGAACGUUCUUCGAUUGGAAGAGACGAAUUUGGAAGAAUCUGAGAAGACGGAGAAAAAGGGAUCCUCUCAAAGAUUAGUCGCUUGCUUGACAACCUUAUAUCUGUUUGCGAAAAUACGGCCACAAUUGCUAGUCAAUCACGCGAUUACGUUACAGCCUUAUCUAAGCUUGAAAUGUCAAACUCAGGGUGAUUAUCAGAUCAUCAGUAGCGUAGCACACACAUUGGAAUUGGUCGUACCAUUGAUGGAACAUCCUAGUGAGACUUUUUUAGCACAGUUGGAAGAAGAUUCUGUAAAAUUGAUCCUGCAACACGAUAGAUCGGUUGUGGCUAGCUGUUUGUCCUGUUUAGGCUCUAUAGUGAACAACGUAACCAGGAAUUUUAAAUUAAUACGAGACUGUUUUAAAAAAUAUUAUGGACAUCUGACUGAGUACAAAUCCUUUUACGAGAAAGAUCCUACAAAUCCUAUGCUUUUAAAAUAUCGACCAUUUGUCAGGAGAGCAUUGUUCACUGUUGGCUUGCUGCUGCGACACUUUAAUUUUACUGAUCCAGAAGUGAUCGAGGGACUAGCAGAGAAUAUAAAGGAUCAGGUAUUUGAAACGUUGAACUAUUUCGUACAUCUGGAUAACGAUGAUAUUCGACACUUUACUUUAUCUGCAAUUGGAUCUUUAUGUAUUCGUCAUUAUGAAUUCAUGUUACUUCCUGAGUUAAAAGAAUUGUAUCAUCAUUUGCUUACAUCAGAGAAUGCCUUAGUUCAUAUGAGGAUUCAAGUAUUGAACAAUAUCGAGGUAUAUUUGUUGGAAGAAGAUAAGAGAAUGAUCAAACAGGACAUGGAAUGGGCGAAGAUGUCCAAACAAGAAAACUUAAAGGAAAUGGGAGAUGUUUCAUCAGGAAUGGCUAGUACUGUGAUUCAGUUAUAUGUGAAAGAGAUUUUAGAAUCUUUUUUGCAUGCAAACAUCAGUGUACGUCACGCAGCAUUGAAAGUGAUCCAAUUGAUUCUAGCUCAAGGUUUGGUCCAUCCGGUUCAAAUAGUUCCCUAUCUGAUCUGUAUGAGCACAGACUGCGAAAAAGUAGUCAGUCAUAGCGCGGAUAAGCAACUUCAAGAUAUCGAGAAGAAAUAUCCUGGCUUUAUUCAUAUGAAAUCCCAAUUAGGUAUCAAGCUUAGCUAUCGGCUGCAGAAGAUUCUACAAACUGAUAUCACGGUGAGAGGAAUGAGGGUCAAAGAUGGUGAAUUUCCUGGUGCGUUAAAUGGUUUCCUUUAUACUAUCUUGAGGAACACGAAACAACAAAGAAGAGCCAUAGUAUUGUCUUUCUUAAAACAGUUUGACGAAUCUGCGAAAACUAGUUUAUCACAGAUGCUCUACUUGGCCGACAAUCUCGCUUACUUUACAUAUCAAGUGCAAGACGAGCCAUUGUUUAUCAUUCAUCAUAUUGAUAUUAUUAUUUCCAUGUCCGGUACAAAUCUUGUGCAGUCAUUUAAGGAGGCAUUACUACCAAAAGAAGGGAAUAGUCAACCACAGCAGCAUCAGCAUCAGCAUCAACAGCAGCAGCAACAACAACAACAGCAUCCGCAGCAUCAGCAGCAACAACAACAUCAUCAUCAUCUUCACCAACAACAACAGUACCAUCAGCAACAUCAUCAACAAAUUCAUACAUCUCUGGGACCGGAUGGACAACCACGACCAGAGCAAUUAUUGUCAGUAUUGGAAGAUGAAGAGGAUGAUGAAGAGGAUGAGGAAUCGUUACUGGCAAGGUUACCAGGAGAUACCACGUUGCUGAGGGAUUAUAUCACCGCCAGCCAAGGUUUUUUGUUGCUGCUCACUUUAAGGCAACACUUGAAAGAUCUGUACGGUUUUUCUGACCAAAAAAUUGGCCAAUACUCGCCGACAGAAGCAGCGAAAGUGUACGAGAAAGCUGUGAACCGUAAGAGUAACUUGCUGUUCAAACCAAAGGCUACCCUGCAAAGAUUAAGGGAAGGCGUAAGUAAUGUCGAACUUGAUGCCGAGGGCAGGAAAAAAUUAGUGAAGGAAUAUUUGGAUUUCAAGCAAUUGAUGUUAAAAUUUGAUCUGGAAGAACCGGAGGAAGAUGGAAACGAGGGUGACACGAGUGGCGGAGGUAGCAAACAAUCAAUAGAUGUUUCUAACAAAAUGUCUGAAUCGGACAAUAAAAUGGAAAUCAGUGUGACGACCAAUCCCCAGAUGGUAAAUCAAUAUCAAGCCAAUUUGAACUCGUCGAUCGAGCAUCCGAACAAUUCGAUAAACUCGAUGCCUACUGGUGGUUCCAUUCCGGUCACCAUGCCUGUCCACAGAUCACCGCCAGUUGCUGUGAACGCGGCGCCAGCAUCGCAAAUUGCAUCACCACGUGUGCCCAAGCUGACGAUACACGCGCAUCAUCCGGAGGGAGUGAAGGAACAUCGUAAACACCGGGCGCACAAAACGGAAAAAGUGAAAAAACAUAAGAAGAAGAAGAGGAGAAGAAUUUCCGAUAGUAGCGAGAGCGGCGAGGACUACAGUGAUCCUGACUUUUUAGUGUGAGUGCAGUGGUGUAUCUCUGCGUCCGUUGUGUACAUAUUACAUACUAAUUACAAGAAUUAUAAUAAUAAUACGAUAAUUGACGCGUGUUUCGCGUGGUUGAUGUGCGUGCUGGUAUGCGUGCGACGUUUUCUUGGUGCGUUUUGUGUCGCUCGUAAGUGUAGGCGUUCCGUUUUCUCUUCUGUUUUUCUUUUUUUGCGCAACGAAAUUGGAACAGAAGGAAGAGAAAGAAAUAUGGUAUAGAAUAUAUGACACUGAUGUUAUAGAGAAUACCAGUGCCGGACGCUCUGAAAUCGCGACGGACUUUAUCGAUCAUGGAAAUGGACUAAAAUUUUUAGCGAAA